AUGCUUGUACAACUGCUUGCUGCAACUGAUGUUGGUGCUGAGGAUCUCCAGCCGCCAUACUACCGACGGCUUCUUUUUUGGGCAAAAUUUUCGGCUGAGCCAUUAUUACGCCAGGGUGCCAUUUUACAACCGCGUAAGCGAGACCUUAGUGAUGUUGCACUUGCAAACCGCUUGAGGAUAAUAGGCAUUGGGAGCACGCACGCAACUGGCAGACACUUAGAGCCAGUGGGUGGACCUUGGCAAUCUCUGUUCAUUGUAACUGAAACUCAGACAUUGAAAGGAAAGGAACUUAAGAGGCUGGCACCUUAA